AUGGCAGAUGCAUGCGACCGGUUGAAGGCACUGCCAAAUGAGCUCUACAAUCAAAUCCUGUCCCACCUGGACCUCCUCUCAAUCAGGACCCUCCGCCUGGCAUCGCUACUACAUGCGCGGAAAUGCCUAAGCCCAGCUUUCCUCGCAUAUUAUAGCGAGCAGGAGACAGACCUCACACCAACCAGCUUGCGGCGCCUGCGUGAGGUAACCGCGCAUUCUGCUUUCAGGCCCGCCGUCAAGAGUCUCAUUGUGGUCGCCGUCUUCCACGAUCCGAGUAGCCUGCUCGCGAGGAUCCGGCGCCUACGUGAUCCCGUGCGGACAGCAAGGAAAAUGACUGCGACCGAGCGGAAUAAAGAACUGCUGGAUAGGAUAGGGCAGCUCUAUGGCAUCAUGAGUAGCCGUCAUGAGCAGAAAGGACAGUUUAGUGACGACAUCGUGGCAGGCCUGUCCCGUAGUCUCGAGAACCUCGGCUCACUGGACGUACUGAAAUUGACGACACGGGUGGUUCGCCCGCGUCUCGACAGUCCUGAUCCAACAAAUGCCGGCCGAGGGGUGAAUUGGAACUGUCUCUGGGCGGACUGUCACAGGCUACUCAAAAUCGUGACAUCUGCGAUGAGCAAAAGCCAAGUGGAGGUCGCGACUUUUUCUAUUUUCAACGACUGCUUUGGCAAAGUACAAUCACCGCUAUUCCUCGAUCUGGAUAAAGACCUCGCAAAUUCCGACUUUCUAGCACGCACAGGCACCAACAUUAAGAACCUAAAUCUCGCCUUUUCAACAGUAACCUUAGUUUCAGUGACAUCAGAUAUCAUCUUUGACAAUGAUGGUUCUAUGAGACAUCUCCCUGCGAUCCGAAUGCCCGCAAACGACACCGCAGUCAGGGCAGCCGAAAACUUCCCAGGGGUCGCUGCCUUCCUCAGGCAUACCCCAAACCUCGAAACCCUGGACCUCUUUAUGUACAAUACCAUGGAAGGUGCUCCCUGGGCAUAUAACAAUAUCUUCAACCACAUUUCCAAAAGCUUGCGCUUCCCCAAGCUCCAGCGUCUCACCCUCCGAGGUAUCUGGGCCGCGCCAAAUUCUCUUCUGCUCUUCUUGCGCAACCACCCGACUUUAACGCACGUCGAUCUGAGGGAGGUACAUAUCACCGGGGGAACCUGGGAGCCGAUACUGAAGCAUUUCCGGUGCAUGCCCAAGCUGGCCAUGCUGCACCUCGAGAACCUCUGGAGCGGUUCCGAGCACCUGCUCAAUCUCCUGCCCAAGGAUCCCGUGUUCCAGGACAGCGAAAGGGUGCCUGGGAACUUUUACCCGAUUAGACACGGCGCGAUGGUCCACACUAGAGAUAUUGGCAUGGAGGAGCUCAAGAAGGGCCUGGAUUUCGUGAAGAGCCGCGGCAGCAGCCGCGGAAAGGGGUCUCGCCACUUGAUGCAGUGGAUCCAGAAGCGCAAGCUCGACUACGGCCCUCCAGAAGAUCCCUACGUCAGUUCACGAUAG